UGAGGCAUUUUCUUUAGUGCACUUGCAACUUCCUACAUUCAUCACGGACAAUAGCUCUCCCGAUGUGCAAGUGGCCACUCUCAGGUUUGUCAAGAAACUGAUGGUGAGCCUCACACCUGCUGAGAUGAGUGAACUACUGCCUGCUGUAAUGUCUCAGAAGAACAACAAGCGGGUUGAGUUUCGACAAGAGGUCUAUGACAUCGUGUCCUGGCUGUACGAUAAUUACAAACUGUUGAGAGACGAGAGAGCGCAGGCCCUGAUGAAGGAGGCUCAGACUGUACUUGUUGCUGGAUUGACUGAUCCGGACAAACAAUUGCGGGACAAACUCUAUGAGUUCUGGACUGUCAAUGACCACCUUGCACAAAACAACAGUUGCAGUCGUUUGGUGGAUAUCCUCAGGAAAUUGUACUCUCCUUCGUGUGAAGAUAUGUUUCUACCAAUCGUCAUUAACCUCUUGCUCCAGAUCUGUGAACAGACAAAUGAGUUUAACCAGAACAUCUUUGAUAAUCCAUUGGAGAAUUGUGCCUUUGAAAAAUAUCAUGUGUCAGGAUCGUGGCGCACUCAACAUGCUGCACUUGUUCCGAUGUUUGCCGACACACUGGCCAGCCAACUGUCCUCGUCCUCUCUUGAUUCUCUGGACUCUCUCUCCAACAUCCAAUUCCAGUUGAGGGCUACACAGUCACAGUCCUCCUUGUACUCCUCCAGUCUCAUAGUGUCAAUGUCAGGCAGUGAUGAUGAAGAGGCUAGUCUGUACAGUUUCGGAGGCCAGAGUACGUCAAUGAGUCGUUCAUUUAAACAGGGAAAAGACUUUGGGUCUCGUCUCCUCACACCGAUCGACACAACAGAUGGAGGCUCACAGAUACAGUCGCCAAAACCGAUACUUCAACGCAAAAGAUUGCUGAAGGACCAGUACAAGGUGGGCCGUGAGAUGGCCAGGGAGAACACGGCCAAGGCGGACAGGCAGGAGCGGUUGCUGGCAGAGCGAGUGAAACGGAGGGAGGGAGAGGUGCGACUCACUCGAGAAUAUCGGAAGGGUGACUUUCCUGACAUUGAAAUACCACGUUGCAGUGUCAUCAGAGCUCUGCAGACAUUGGCCAGGAGAGACCAGUUGGUAGCAAGACAGCUGCUGGUGUGUCUGUACAAGGGACUGGAGAAGACACAGGAGAAUAUAGCCGGACUGUCAGCUGCCCUAGAUAACAUUCUGAAAACCUCCACCAGACACUUGCCUAUACUCAUGGCCUCUGUGCUGGAGAUGUGCCUGGUCAGACCUGAACACUGCCUUACCCCUACAGCCACCAUUACUGAUGUGUGCAAGAACAGCCACCAGAUGUCUCUAGGAGUGUUGUUAAUAGAAGCCAAGCUGAUGGCUAACAGCGGUAGGCAGCCUCCUGCCAAGAGAGCCCGAGGUAGCGCCCAUGCAGAUGACUGGGUGUAUCUCGCAGAGAUAUACCACAGUAUGGAAGAAAAGGAUGUGGUGCAAGGCCUGUUUGAGGACAAGAUUGCUGAGGCGUGUGCUAACUCUGUGAGGGAGGCUCUGCAGGUUGAGGAUGAGAGGCGUUGGAAGUUUGCUUUGCAGCUUUACACCCAAUCUCUGCCAAACAGCAAAGACAGUCCUGCAGAGAACUUUCUGUACGAGGCUUGUUUCAAGUGCUUCGCUCACCUGUCAGAUUGGACAAAAUUGAAUGACACCUUGAAGAAAGUUCAGCUGGAGGGUGUACUAGAUGAUAUUUGGACUGAUGACUGGAACAAAGACCACCUUUUGCCCUGGCUGUUCCUGUCGGAGAUCCACUGUACGCAGAACACCAGUGUGCUGUCUGUGGCAGACGACUUCAACAGGGCCUUGUCACAAUGGCUGGCUGACAACCAGAAGUCUGAACAUAUCAGGUCACACCUGGGGGAGUAUCUGAGUGUCAUAGAAAUAGUAAAGGAUGACGUACAGCGAAGUAAGAUGACCUGCGAGAAUAGUCUCCUGCAGUUCCUGAGUACGUGGCAACAGUUGGACUCUCUUUCCAACAACCUGCGAUCCCACCAUCUGCUCAGUUUGCAAUCCAUUAUGGACAUCCAUCACUUUCUAUCACUAACCGUCCACUGCGUCAGGUGACUGGGCCAACAAAGUUAACCGCCUUCUGGAUCAGUGGAACAAGACUGACCCUACAGCCAGAGAUGAUCUCGUCGCCUGGGAGACACGGGCCGUGUAUAGGU